AUGCCCUACCCCGAGGAAGCACAAGGAUUCCAGGUCGAUGGACCGGAGACCUACACGGAAUUCCACAAGCGUUUUUACAAACUGAAGCCAUUCGGCGAUUACGAUGUCGAUGUUCAGAUUGAAGCGUGCGGUGUUUGCGGUAGUGAUGUCCACACCAUCAGCGGUGGAUGGGGAGAGCAAAAGUUUCCCUUGUGCGUCGGACACGAGAUCAUCGGUCGUGCCAUUCGCGUCGGUCCUAAAGUCACUCUGAUCAAAGAGGGGCAGCGUGUGGGCGUGGGUGCUCAAUCCUACUCCUGCGGCGAGUGCAAGCAGUGCCGCAACGACAACGAGACCUACUGCCCGGUCAUGAUGAUGGACAUGUACGGCUCAGAAUGGCCCGAGACUGGAAUUGUCAGCCAGGGCGGAUACUCUUCGCAUGUGCGCACGCACGAACACUGGGUCUUCCCCAUCCCGGACGCUCUGGACACCAACACCGUGGCACCCAUGCUCUGCGCCGGCUUGACGGCGUAUUCUCCGCUGGUGCGCAAUGGCGCCGGCCCCGGUAAGAAGGUUGGUAUUGUGGGUCUGGGCGGUAUCGGACACUUUGGCAUCAUGUUUGCCAAGGCCCUGGGGGCCGAGACGUGGGCCAUCUCGCGAUCUCGGGCAAAGGAGGCCGAUGCGCGCAAGUUGGGAGCCGACGGGUACAUUGCCACCGCCGAGGAGGGCUGGGAAAAGGAACAUCGCUUCUCAUUUGACCUGAUCAUCAACUGUGCCAACUCGUCCGAGGGCUUUGACUUGGCCAAGUAUCUGUCCAUGAUGGAUGUCCACGGUCGCUGGGUCAGUGUGGGAUUGCCCGAGGAGGAAGGCCAGGUCAUCAAGGCUCAGUCGUUGAUCUCUAACGGUGUUUUGAUCGGGGCCAGUCAUUUGGGAUCUCGUCGAGAAAUGCUCGACAUGCUCCAGCUUGCAGCCGAUAAGGGUCUCAAAGGCUGGGUGGAAGAGAUUCCUAUCAGCGAGGAGGGUCUGAAGCAAGCCAUGUUGCGUAUGAAGAAGGGCGAUGUCCACUACCGGUUCACUCUGACUGGUUAUGACAAGGCUUUUGCUUGA